CCUCGCUCAGCAGGCGGCGGCAGUUACUAAUUAACCCCCCGCCAGCCUGGGGACGCCCAAUAUGAAGUUCGAGGGCGUCUCCGAGAGACGUGCACGGGCAGAGUGCGCCCGGAAAAAGGGGGGGAGUCUGACCCUGACUAGAAACUUGGGGUGUCCGACCAGGGGCAUGGCAACGAGCACUCAUUUAGACCCUGCCGCGUGCCUGGCUCGGUGUUCGGCGCUUUACAAACAUCGCACCGCUGCCCGGGUGGAAGCCGAGGUUUGGGAGAGCACCUGGCUCCCCGGGGUGCGGAAGGACCGAAGCAGAAGAAAGCUCCGUGUAUGCUGAUUCUGUCCGAUCGGCGGGGUAGAGGAAGACCUGUGGUUUCCCUGGAAUGGAGAAGGCCUGUUGGGACCCCACCCCACCCCCACCCCGACUAUAGCUGGUGUUAUAUAAUGAGGUGUUUACUAUGGCUAAUGACCCCUUGGAAGGUUUCCAUGAAGUAAACCUAGCUUCCCCUACUUCACCAGAUCUUCUUAGUGUAUGUGAGCCAGCUACUCAGGAACAAACUACCUCACCAAGUGUUAUCUACCGGCCAUAUCCUCUCUGUGCAACACCUGUUCAGCCUAACACAUUAAAUGUUUCUGACCUUCCUACACAACCUGUUUAUUCAUCUCCCAGACAUUUAAAUUGUGGAGAAAUAUCAGGCAUUAGCAUCCAUAUUGCAGAUUUAGUACCUUGUUCUGCCUCUGGAGUUACAGCUGGUGUAACUAAACUGUCAUCCAGAAAGGAUAGCAACAGUGCUGAGAGAGAAUUUUUACAGGAUGCCACAAUAACAGAGAUUUCUGAUGGCAAUGAUGACUUUUUUGGAUUGAGUACUGACAGUCUGUCUCGUUUACGGAGUCCAUCUGUUCUAGAAGUAAGGGAAAAGGGUUAUGAAAGAUUAAAAGAAGAACUUGCAAAAGCUCAGAGGGAAUUGAAACUAAAAGAUGAAGAAUGUGAAAGGCUUUCAAAAGUUCGAGAUCAGCUGGGACAAGAAUUAGAAGAACUCACAGCGAGUCUCUUUGAGGAAGCUCAUAAAAUGGUGAGAGAAGCUAAUAUCAAGCAAGCAACAGCUGAAAAACAAUUAAAAGAAGCACAGGGAAAGAUUGAUGUACUUCAAGCAGAAGUUGCUGCCUUAAAGACACUUGUGUUGUCCACUUCACCAACAUCACCAAUUCAAGAACUUCCACCAAGUGGAAAGGCUCCUUUUAAAAAGGGACAUACACGAAAUAAAAGUACAAGCAGUGCAAUGAGUAGCAGUCAUCAGGACCUCACUGUGAUGCAGCCUAUUGUAAAAGACUGCAAAGAGGCCGAUUUAUCUCUGUAUAAUGAGUUCAGAUCUUGGAAGGAUGAACCCACAAUGGACAGGACAUGCCCCUUCUUAGACAAAAUUUAUCAGGAAGAUAUAUUUCCAUGCUUAACCUUUUCCAAAAGUGAGUUGGCUUCAGCUGUUUUGGAGGCUGUGGAAAAUAAUACCCUGAGCAUUGAACCAGUGGGACUGCAACCUAUUCGAUUUGUAAAAGCUUCUGCAGUUGAAUGUGGAGGACCAAAGAAAUGUGCUCUCAGUGGUCAGAGUAAGUCAUGCAAACAUAGAAUUAAAUUAGGAGACUCAAGCAACUACUACUACAUUUCUCCUUUUUGCAGAUACAGGAUCACAUCAGUGUGUAACUUUUUUACAUAUAUUCGCUAUAUUCAGCAAGGACUUGUGAAACAGCAGGAUGUUGAUCAGAUGUUUUGGGAAGUUAUGCAAUUGAGAAAAGAAAUGUCAUUGGCAAAACUGGGAUAUUUCAAGGAGGAACUUUAAUUCUCUACACUGAAUAUGCAUGAACUUCACUGAAUAACUAAAAUGGCUGAAUUUUUUUUAUGGUCACUUGAUAUUUAUUUCCAAGGAGUUGGGUCCAAGAUCUUUUAUCCUCUUUUGAAAAACGCACUAAGGAAUACUAUGAUUUGUUUCAAACUGACACAUGCUUUGUAUGCUUACAUAAAAAUUUAGUUGAACAAACUAAGACAAAGACUUGCAGGUGUACUUGUGAUUGUAAUUUAUAGUUGAAAAAAAAAAAGCCCUAAUUAAAUAAAUGUUAGAUUGAAGGUGUGUGUUUGCUUACUCUUCUAAUUUUAUUAUGCCAUGUGAAGGGAUGGCUCAUAGAAUUUCAGAUCUUUGAUACAUGGAAUAAAUUUUUUCUUUAAAAUGCUAAUUACUAGCUGUAUAUUGAACUAACAGUAUGUAUAUUAGUAGUGAUUUUUCUGUGACUCAGUUACAAAAGAUUUAACCAAAUUUGAAUUUUACAAAUUGGUCUGUGAAAGUGUGCUUCAUUACUCUGGAAAAUGUAAGAGAAAUGUCACAAGUGGACCCAAACUUACCAGAAUUUAGGGUUUAGGUAGGGAGACAGGCCAAUAAACAUGAAACAACUAGAUAAUAAAAGACACUAGGGUUCCUUAGUGCUGAUAAUAAGUACAGAAAUGGGAGACAGGAGUGGGAAUUGUCAUAGUUGGGAAUUUCUUUUUUGAAAGGGUGGAACUGGGACAAGAUUGAAUAGUCGGAGAAGAGGAGUGAAUGAAUAAAGGCAUAAUGAGAAUAGUGGUUUGACCCAUACAAAGGGGACUUUUUUUUUUCCAAAGACUUUUUUAAAGGAAUAGUAAAAGAAAUUUUUUUUCCAAUUUUUAAAAAGGUUGAGUGGGGCUGAAUUAUAUAUAGGCUUUGAAUGUGAGACAGUGACAUUUUGAUUUGAUGUUGUAGAAAAUAGGAACCUUAAAAGGGUUUUGAGCAAAAUAGUGACAUGGAUUGUCAGAGUUGUACUGGCCAUUCAGUUUAAUCACUUUCUAAUGCAAGAAUUCUUUUUAUAACUGAUUUGAUGGAUGAGCAUUUUCAAUUAUGGGGAAGGUCACUGCUCAUUUCAAUGUUGAAGAGUUUUAGUUAGCAGUUUUUUUCUUAUAUUGGGCAAUGAAUGUCUGCCUCUCUAUAACUAUCAACUAUUAGGCCUAGAUUGACUACACACAGUAUUGUAGCUGUUCAUGCAAUAACCUACCAAAUAUCUGAAGAGAACUUGUGUCUUCACUUUGAUCUUUUCACUCAGAAGUGGAUUUCUACUUCUUUAAACCAUUCCUCAUAUAACAUGGUUUCCAGACUCUAUUUCCAGACUCUACUACUCAGGUUGUCAUCCUGAAUUCAUUUUGAUUUCUCAGUGACCUUAUUGUACCUACAGUUGAACAUGGUAUCCCAGAUUUGAUGUGACCAGUGAAAAAUACAUGAUGAGACUAUGUAAAUUUUAUAAAUGGGACAUAAUAUUUUUAUAAUAUUGUCCAAGAUCAUUUCAGGUGUUUUUUUUUUUUUUUUUUUUUUUUAGCAAUGAAAAUUAUGCUUUUGGAAAAUUAACAAUAAUAGUCAAACUAGCAUGUAUAUAGUGCCUUAAGGUUUGCAGAGCACUUACAUUAUGCCAUGUAAUUGUCAGAACAACUCUGGUAAGUGCUAGUAUUCCAUUUUUUGGAUAAGAAACACUGAGGCUAAGCGUUCAUGUAACUUGUCCAGGGUCUUACAACAAGUAAAAGCUUGAGGCAGGAUUUGAAUUCUCAUCUAUCCUGUCUCCAAGGCCAGUACUCCAUCCCUUAUGAUCUGCUUCCUAAUCUGGCAGGACAGGAUAUGCCUUGUAGUUCUCAGGGAGAGUCCUGUUUUGAGAUUUGCACAUUAUUUUUAAAACAGUGAAAAUAGGCAGUAUGGAUAUUAUAUCUGAGUUUGACUCCACUGACUUGGAUAACUGGGACAAGGAAGAUACAAUGGAAUGGGGAAAACUGAGAAGAGAGCUGGAGUGGACGAAGUAGGAGAGGAAAAUGAUAGUGUUUGACAUGAUAGGAAUCCAAGUGAAAGCAGUAGGAAGGAUCAGAGCACACUCAGUGACCCAGUUCACAUCCCACCUAAAACACUUAUAAAGUGCAAUGGUGCCUGCCACUUUGUAGGCACUGUAUAAACGUUAGCUAAUUUUGUUAAUAAUAUCAUUCAAGGGUUAGUGAUAAAGGUCCUUAAAAGCAGCUAAGUGGCACAAGUGGAUAGACUGCCAAGGCUAGAAUCAGGAAGACCUAAGUUCAAAUAUAACUUCACGGUAUGUGAUCCUGGACAAGUCACUUAACCCUGUGUGCCUCAGUUUUCCUGUCUGUAAAAUAAGCUGGAGAAGGAAAUGACAAACUAUUCUAUUAUCUCCUCCAAAAAAAAAAAAAAAAACCCCAAAUGGGGGUCAUAACUAGAAACAACUGAACCUUAACAGAGGCUUCAAAAAUAACCAAUUGUGAAUAAAGGGUUUUUGUUUGUUUUUAAGCUAAGUUUAAUGGAUUUAGGAUAGUGGAACUGACUUAGGAUCGACCAUAGCUACCAAUUACCAUAAAGAAAAAGCAUUUGGGUAAAACCUAUUAACACAUCAGCUGUGUUUUAUUAGUGCCAAGAAUUAAAUUAAUUGCUCUGUUUAGAGUUAUAAGACAGCUCCAGCAAAUGCCCAGAUAUGAGAAUUUCCUUAAACCAAUUUUAUCAUGUUCCCUCACUAGGCUUGUAAUUUCUUUCUUUUGGUCAUGUUUUUUCUUCCUUCUGUUCCAGUGUCCUGUUACAUACUCCAACAAGAUGAUUUCUGUUUCUGUUUCCAUUGAUGUACAGUACACCCAGAUAUUUCCCAGUGUAUCUUGUAUUUAGGGCUCUUUUGUGUCCUCUCAUGAAUAUUUCUUCAUCUGUUCCUUUUGAGUGAGGUAUAUGCCUUUGCAUAAUAAUGCUAUAAUUAGAAAGUGCACUUCAUUGAGAGUCGUUAGUUACCUGCAAAAUCAUUUACAUCCUUAUGUUAGGACCUGUAGUUUGCCUUGCUUAUUACCUAUGCUUGUUCAUUUGUGUAUAAACAUCUGAGAUUGGGUUUUAUUAAUGGCUCCUUGAUUUUUUUGGCCCCUAUGAAUUACUCAGCAUCUCUACUGUGCUACUUAGUCUUUUGAGUGGUAUCUAGCUUGAUCUAGUCUUAAAAAUCAUUCAAUGGGCAUUUCCUCAAAUUGAGACCUGAAAAAGACUUUAGCUUCAGAAGGUCAAGGUCCCCCACUGCAUCUGGGGUCAUCUUUGGUCGUCCCGGCCUUUGGACUCAGAUCAUCCUACAGGAGAGCCAGCUAGAUGAUUUGGCCUAGCCCUGCCUCUCUUAAAUCCAGUUCAUGUGCAAGUUAAGAACUCACCCUCCUGAUUUCGAAGGACAAACAAUAAGCUUGAUAGAUGUGCCUCCCUCAGGCAUAGAUUUUUAUCCCUCCUUGAAUAAGAACUUAUCAAGCCUGCAUUUUAAUCUACAGUCUAGAAAUACUAAGAUGGUAUUCAUUCUUAAGCAAUUGUUCACUUUCCAAACCUAAUAGUCUCUUAUAGUUUCUCUGCCUUUGAAGAGCAAAUAGGGAUGGACUUUUGGUGGCCAUUGCAUUUGUCUCUUGAAUGGCUUCAUUUUCUUGCCCAGAACAAUUCUUUCUGGUCCCUUUAAAAAUAACCAUUUGUCUCUUCCUGAAGCACCAGUGCAGUAUUGGAUUUGACAAGUCUUGAGAGGAUGUCACAUCUUGUUUGUAUUCCCCAAGAAGAAAGCAGACUUUUCUGUUGGAAAACAUUGGGUUGAUUAAUAGAUUAUUAGGUCCCCUGCAGAAAGUCACUAGCAACUUUUGUUUUUUUCUAUUCUUCCUCUGACACUUUUCUGACACUGAUUCCUGUUCUGAUGGCAUCUGUAUGAUAUCAUUCCUAGGAGCAAGAUUAGUUAUUGCUUCAUUAGGGGAUUCUAUCAUUCCCUGCGGCCAAGAGACUCUUACACCUAUUGCUUAGCUUCAGUUAGUUCCUGUAGUUCCCUGUGAAACUUCCUCCUUACUUUUCCCCUUUGUCUAACCUGCCUGGAUGCCCCCUGCCUCUCCAGAUCAUUUCUCUUUGUUUUGAUCUUUUCUGUCUAUUCCCCAUGUUGCCAUUCUGAAAUUUUUCUCCCUCACACACUGUUUUAGCCAAGUUGAACUACAAUUGAAGCUUCUUGAAAACGGGGAUUUUUUUUUUUUUUUUUGCCUUUCUUUGUAUCCCCAGUACAGUACAAAGAAUAUUAUAAGCACUUAAUAAAUGCUUGUUGACCCAAGAAAUAAAAAUCUGGAAGUAACUGAUGUCAGGAGCACUUGUGACCCUCAGGUUUUGUAACUAAGCUUCCAUCUCAGGUGUUAACUCUACCAAGAAGUUUCCUAAUUACAAGGUGAUUGGAAUUGGAAGGACAUUAGAAAUCAUGAGUACAAUUGCCUCAUUUUAUAUGUGGGAAAAUAACCUUUAGAAUUUAAGUGACUGGUUCAAAGUCUUGCAGGUAAUUCUCUUCCCUUCUCAUAUGUUCUUAGGGCAUGUAGUAUAGAUUCCUGGCCUCUGUUACCUUUUAACUUUAAUCAUACUUAAGUGUUAGCCCAGCUCUAUCAGUCAUUUUCCAUCAUUUUGUUCUCAUUCUUUUGAAUAUUGUAGGUCUUUGUUGAAAUGAAUGCCUGUGAUGAGAACUUUAACUAAAUGCCACAUAGAGUUCUUUUUUCAAAGCCAUGUCAUAAAUUCUUUGAUGUUGUUCAUUUGUUGUCUGACUCUUCAUGACCCCAUUUGGGAUUUUCUUGGCAAAGAUCGUGGAGCAGUUAGCCAUUUCCUUCUUCAGAUCAUUUUACAGAUGAAAAAACUGAGGCAAAUGGGGAUGACUUGCCCGAGAUCACACAGCUAGUAAGAGUCUGAGGUCGAAUUUGAACUUGGGAAAAUGAGUCUUCCUGACUCCUGGCCUGGCACCUUUAUCUACUGUGCUAUCUCAUAAAUUCUUGGUUAUUCUAGAAUUUAUCAGCAAGAGUGUGAAUGAAGGAAACUUUGGAAGAAAAUGACUACAUAUCUUAGAAUUCAUCAUAGCUGACUUGGAGGCCUAGAGAAGCCCUAAUUACCUGGCAUGGAAGUGAUUUUAGUCAAGACAGAUUAGGAAAGAUGAGCCAAGAAGUUGCUAGAAUUAAUGGAAAACUUGAGGGUUUAUACCUUGUACCCAGUGAUCCCUAAUAAGGGGAUCUGAACUCCCAUGGACCCAGAUUCUACCUGAGGGAGAUAAAUUGGGGUCCAUAUGAGCCUAGAUUCCCUUUGGAGUGAAUCUAGGUCUGUGUGAACCCAGAUCUCCUUGUUGGAAUUCAAGUUCAUCAUCCAAAUUCAUGAAUUCUAGAAAUUAUCCAAUAUAUACCAGAAAAUUCAGAGAAAAUACAACACAUGACUUGGAGACUCUUCAAAGAAGAUUGGUUAUCAAGACUGCAGAUUUUUAAAAACAAACUUGGAGAGCCAACUGCAAAUUGUGGUGAGGAAAGUUAAUAUGAUUGCAUCCAUUUUUGCUAAGAUAAGAUUUCUUUUUCCCCACAAUUUUGGAAAGCUGGUGGUUAUGAAGGUAGCUAAAAUUUCCACACCCUUUGAAUCCGAGUACCCAGAGCUAGGCAUAUAAUCCAACAAGGUCACAAACAGAAAGCCAAGUUUUAUAUGCAUCAAAGUACUAAUUAUAAGGAAACAGAAACAAAGGAGAUAGAAGCUAAAAGACUGGGGGAUUAUUAAGCAAAUUUUGAUCUCUGUGACCAUGGACAAGUCAUUUAUCCUCUGUACCUCAAUUGAAAAAUGAGGGGAUUGGAUUUCUUUAAACUCUUGAUUGAUGAUCCUACUAUACCAUAAAAAAUUAAUCUGAAGAAUUCUGAAAAAUUCAUCAUAUGAAGAAGUGCUCAAGUCUAGAAUAACUAUGUAUAAUUAUUUCAACAGCACAAAUAAAAGGAACAAUUAAAUGAAAUUGAACUCUGGUUAAAAAAAAAUAUUCAAAAACUAAAAACCAUAAAUUACAACCAACAUGGAGAUGAGGAGCUAAAAAUCAACCUGUCAAAAUGAAUUCUAUCUCUUAGUUUGAGAAAUUGUAUGUUAUAUUACACAUUGGUAAAUUGGAAAAGAUUUGUGAACGUAUGUGACUGCUUAAGUUUCUGUGUUCUUUGACAAGUAGAAGAAUAGGACUUCCUGUGGCAAACUUUUGGAAAUAUAAGAGUCACAAAAGAAUUGGCAUGCAUGGAUAAAUUGUGAUUUGCUUCAGUGGAGAGAACUCUUCACUUUGGGGUCAGAGAUUUGAUUGAGUAUUUGAAGGUAAAUUUCCAUAUGAAAUUGUUAAAUUUGUUCUAUUCCUCUAGUGACUUUUCCUCCAUUCAUUUCCCAUUUUUUCAGCAUCAGUAAUUUGUUUAAAUUUAAAUAGGUCAGCUUGGAAUUGUUUUAUUACACAUUUCUUAAUUUUCCUUUUAUACUUUGUUCUCUACUUUGUUUUGUACUGAUUUUGAGCUCUGUUCUAUGAAGUCAAUUGUCUUAAAUGUUCACAAUUUAUUCAGAAAUGUUUCCCACAUCAAUAAUGUCACAUUUUCUGUAUUCAUUCUUUGUAAUGCUUUUGGGGGUCUUCCAAUUCUUUUGUUAGAAGAAAAUAUUCAUGGUGUAUUGGAAUAAGAUUUCUUUUUAAUCUAUAAGCCUUUGUCCUCCCUCUGGAUGGGGACCGGUUUUUUGUGUUUUUCCCCUUCUCUGUACCCAGUGCCUACCACAGUGCUUAAGCACAUAGUAAGCACUUAAUAAAUGCUUGUUGAUUAAUUGA